CAUCUUGCGUCUGCUAAUUCGAUAGAGUCGUUGGAAAUGAUUAACCUAAAAACGUUGUGUUUGUUUGUGUUAUGAUUGAGUAGAUUAAGGUUAGAUCAUUUGGGAAAAAUAAAGAAAUAUUUUCAAAAUUAGUUGAUUAUAGUUUAUCGUGUACAGAAGUAAUUUUCAUAGUCAACAUUAUUCCAUUUCGUUAUCAACUCUAUAAUAGGUUGAUGCAGUAGUGCAAUAUGGAUAGGGGAAAGUCAGGAUCUGGAAGGGGAGGUAAAAGUAAAAUUCCCCAACAUCCUGCUGAAGUGUACGCUCUGGGAUCGAAAACUGGGAAUGAAGCUAAGAGGGCAGUUCCAGUUCCACACAGCAAACCUGGGCCUAGUCAUCCACUGGCAGUGGACAGGAAGAGAGAAGGAGCACAGACAACUACACUGUUGCCUCCAAAGAAGGCCAAGCUCAGCCACAGUUCAACAGUGGUCUCAGGUGGCAUCGUUCGCAGCUCCUCGGUCACAGCUCAGGACAAUUCGGAUGCCUGGGAGGCUUCUGCUCUGGACUUUGAUCCUCCUGAGUUCAUUUCCUUGAUCAGUGACGCGUCCGUUAUCAACGAUCAUGAAAAAGUGAUCGGUUACAUCUGUGGUGCAGUGAGGACUCUGAAACAGCAACGGUUCAAACCCGAUGCAAGCAUCAUCCAGAGCCUCCUGUAUCUGUGCAAGAUCAAAGCACCCAUAUUUACCAAUGAGUAUAUCAUGAGUGCUUUGUGUUCGGUGCUGAAGAGAGAUCCGAGCUACACAUUCAAGAGCAAGAAUGCCUUGCUGCCAGUCCUGGCUACAAACCUGCUCAUGAGGGCUUACCAAGACAGCAAACGAUGGCCUCAAAUUUUUGUGAAGGUUAAACUUUUGGAAACACUAGACCAAGCAGUAAUAGCGGACGAGAUGGCUGUGGGCGAGGCAGUACAGGACAAGGCGUACAUGAUACAAUUGGUAGAGGUACAGCACAGACGUGGGGCAGUGGGAGGAGAGAUAUUUGCCAGAGUAUUGGGCGUCCAGGAUCCAAUCCGCCCUUCUGAUAGUGAUGUCACUGCAAUCUCACCUGUUGACAUAUCCACUGAGGUGCGACCACCAGACCUACCUCCUCCCAUUCAACUAACAGAGAGUACAGUAACAUCUGUCGUAGAGCAGUUGUUCCUCAUGUCGGAAGAUUCCACUGACCGUCUUCUGUCCCGCGAGAUCUUCCUGACACUACAGAAGACAUUGUCUUCAGAACUGAGCAAAUGCACCAAGUCGAAGGAAACCCCAAGGAUCUUGAAGGUGUUGGUAAUAUUCCUAAUGAGGCGCACAUCGCUAGACCGGAACCUGGUGAAAGCUGUGGUGUCACGGCCAAACAUCGCUUGUCCACUGUUCCGCCUGCUCACCGCUGUGUCCCGUCCAGACUUGCUGCCCAUGAUGCUGCUGAUUGCCAGGGUAGUGUUGGCCGAGGCUGUCAAAGCCCCACGGGCCAAGCCUCUGGUCGGGAUUUUGAAGAGCUUUGUCCAGAAGCAUGAAAACAGAGAUCUGUCUCUAAUGAGGGCAACAGCCGCAUCGGAAAAUCCAGAAAAAAUGUUGGGAGAGACGGCUCUAUCACGGCUGGAGGCUACUGGACGAGUGUUGCUGGAGUCACAGAGCCUGAGAGUCCAUGGUACCCAGAACCUUGUGCAGGCACUCUCCACCCUGCUUCAGACUUCAGACAACCGCAAGGGCCUACUCAUUGACUGGUUGGUUGAACUUGAGCCCGAAAUUGUCAGUACCUCUGCUUCUGCCCAGCAGCUGGAUCUAUUGUUCUCUCGUGGAGAGUUCAUGUGUCGACCGUUCCUGUUGACUCUGCUUGCUCACCAUGCCAGCUGGGCCACCCUCCACCACUGCACCAAGCGUUUACUAGAUCCUGCUGUUGUUUCCAAAAAUGACCCAUCAGCUGUUCUGGACUUCCUUAUUGCACUGACGUGUAAUCCCAAACUGCUGCAGGGAAGGGAAAAAUGUACUCCAAAACAUGGAGCCAUAGAGGAUAUCUUGGGCCUUCCUCUUUCUCAGCUGUUAUGUAUAGCCGAUUACAUUGUGGAGGAGGCUGUGCAACUCAACGAUGUCAAGGUGGCUGUGGAUAAGAUGAAUCUCCGGCUAUCAUUGCUUGCCCCCCAUGCAGACCAAGAAACCUUGUCUGCAUUAGUAAAACACCUGAGCGAGAAUGCUGGAAAGCCAACUGGUAAACAAAGUGAGAUGUGUCGUCAGCUACUGGUGCAGUUAUACUUGCGAGUUCCCAGCAUUAUUACGCAGUUGUCGGAAUCAGAGCUCACCAAGUACCUCAGCAAUUCUCCUAUAUCAGUGAUGGGAAGCAGUGUGCUGGAUUCUAUGUCUCACACCCUACUGACAGCACUUACGGCGACCCCACCAUCCAAGGACUGGCAGAAGAGAGCAGGAGACCUGGAGCUGGCCACCAGGAAGAUGGCUGCCACCCAUCCACUGCUCGUUCUCAGGCAACUGACAAUGCUGUCGGCAGCGUUGAGAGGUCGGGUUCACCUGGAGUUUCCUGUGUUCCGAUCCCGGAACCAUCUGUCCCUUUUCACUCAAGUACUAGGAUUGCUUGAGCUGCUUAAGCCUCAUCUUUUCCGAGCAGAAUAUUCCACAGCACUCCAUGGUACCUUCGAUACCUACUUUGCUCUCUUCAAGAACCAUGGACAAAUGAAAGAUAUGGGAACACUGCUAAAUCGUUUUGUAAGCCUGCUAAAAGCAUACAUUGGAUACAAUGCUGAAGAAGCUCUUCGUUACUUACAAACUCAAGCACCUGCCAUCAGUGAGCUGCAAAGCCAGAAUCACAGCCUUGGUAGUGUGUGCAUCAUGAUGUCAGGUGUGAGAGGGGGAGGCGAAGUGUUGGUGUCUGUCCCCACCCCUGCCGACACCUUCCCCCUCCACUGGGACAGUAUCCUCAUGGGUCUCAAGGGUCCAGAUGUGCUGGCAAGUUUGCAUGAGUUGGACAAGGUGUCCAGUGGUCGUCCUGCUCUGUUAGCGCCCGCAGUUAGUGAUUUGUGCGAGUUGGUACUAUCUCCUAGCAGCUCAGUACGAGGCUUAGCUCAUGGUCUGCUGGUGCGUCACCUGCGUCAUGCUCCACAUUGUGCACUUUCACUGCUGCCCGCCUAUCUCUCAUGCCUCAACUGCGGUCAGUACGAGGUUGUGUCUUCAGCACUCGCCAAACUACCUGAAGUUGUUGUCUGCUCUCAAGAAGUUGCGCUGUCUUUACUGGAAACUGUGUUCUGCUUGGGUCUAACGCAAAACAUGGAUACAGUUCCUUGCAUCACAAGAUCCUUGGCUCUGCUCAACCUGCAGACUGGUUGUUAAAUAUCUCAACCUGCAGACUGGUUGUUAAAUAUCUCAACCUGCAGACUGGUUGUUAGUAUCUCAACCAGUAUCACUGUAUCAUUGUUAGAUGUGUCUCUGCCAGGACUUGGUUUAUGAAAGAGCUGUUCUUUUAAUAUCUCUUUAAUUAUUACAAAAAUGUUUGUACGUUUUUAUGUAAUUAGUAAAAUAAAUCGUUUAAUUUAGGUUACAGUAAUAUGGCUAUUGUGUUGUAAAUAAAUGUUAUUUUUUAAGAAAGGA